CUACCUACAAUAAUGGAUCGAUCCAAUGAACUGUCAAAACUGACCCAUAGCUAAAUGUGGACUGAACCAAUGCACAGUUACUACCUACAGCAAUAAAUCCAAUAAACUGUCUCAUCUGUCAGUUAACAGUGGACUGAACCAAUGUACAGUCACUACCUACAAUAAUGAACCGAUCCAAUAAACUGUCCCUUAGCUAAUUGGACUAAACCAUUGUGCAGUCUUAUAUCUACCCUGCAGAACCAUUUUGUUGAACGGGCCUUUUUCUGGUCGUUGGCAAACCUCCCCUUCUAUGAGCGUCUUCUUCAGAUGAUCACCGCUUCCGUUUACCGUCCCUUAGGAAUCUAAAGUGUAUCCUUGUGAACAACACCCAAGAUAAAACAGAUGAACCGUUAUGCAGAACCUGAACAUGGGCAAGAAGAGUCAAACAGCACCAGCACCAAUGUGCCCACACCGCGCUCGCAAGACGGAGCUGGUCAAACAGUUCAGACACCCAGAGGUUUUUUCUCAUCAAUCUUCCACAAAUCUGAAGAUGACUUUUUCUCCAGGAAACGUCCGAGAACCUUGAAUGGACCUCAGUGCUUGUCCUCUACUCCCCGUCACCAUAACGCCACUACACAAGACCUUCAAAGAACCAUUGAGCCUGAUAGAAGUAUAUCAAACAGAGACGCAGGUUGUCUCCAGGGUCCUGGAGGACAUUACCGGACUGCGCGGUCGGGGAGCCGGGUAACUGCACUUUAUUCAGAGUUGGUUCGGGAGCUGGAGGCACAGAUUGCAGAACUGCAUCAGAUUUUGGCUUCUCGAGAUGAAGCGGCUAAAGUACAAGAAUGUAGAAUCCAGGAACUGGAGAAAGAGAAUCAGGAAUUAAAAAGGCACGUCCAGACGUUGGAGGAGCAUAAUGACACUUUGUCUCGUAGGGGAAUAUGUGCAAUAAAAGAAGGGGACCAACUCUUGGGACCAGAUGGCCAGUCUCUGGGAGUCAGUGAUAGCAACGUCUCCUUUUUGAAGAACCUGGCAGAGUUUCUAGAGACAAAAUCAGAAUCAAAGGUCUCCCCACCUCAGACCACAUCUACACCCCUUCCAUCAAGUGAAAUCACGCUCCCACCAGCAGAGAGCAUAGCAUCCCCUAUUCCACCAACCAAACCAGAGCCUGCCCAUCCAAAUGAAGUGACGGGCACGCCUCCAGAUGGCAUGCUGCAGGUCACUGGGGUGACGAGCGGCUUCCAGUACUGGAUGAAGAUGGAUGAUGGUGGGGAAAACACAAUUCCUGAAUCUUGUGUGAUGUGGGAGGAACCCCUUCAAGAAACAUUACCAGACGGGACGCCAGCAUGGGCUUCUCCUAUAGAGAGCAAUGGACGUCCUAAACUGGAGUUGGUGCCAGCAUCUGGCGUGUACAUCACUUACCAGCAGUUGGAGGACCUCUCUCUUAUCCCAGCUGAUAAACCCAAACUAAUGACCCGACGUCUACUGGAUUACUUCUUCUCCAGGGAGACCCUGGCACGAUCGUCAGCCACAGGACAGCGGAUUGCACAUAAUAAUACCACCAUGGAGAAACCCCUCCGGCUGCCUGAUAUAGUGGUGACUGCUAUCAAAGCUUAUGUGACAAGAGCUUGUGGUCGUGGCUGUAACUUCAAUGCGGUUAUAAACAGUAAAUGCGGCACAUCCCGAAGGGCCGUGAAAAAGAUGUCCAUACGCAUCGACUGGACAGAGGGAGGCGCUAAACACUGCCCCAGGCCUACAUCCAAAUCCCCGGCUCAGAGACUACAGUCCCCCAAUGAAAAGGCUACGGUCACUGAAACAAAGGCAACAGAGACGUUCAUCACAGACUACGGGCCCCAGAACGGCCUUCAGAUAACUAACUGCUAAAUGCUUUGACUGGAUAAAGCAAUGGUCCCCAAACUGUGGCCCUCCAGACGUUGCAAAACUACAACUCCCAGCAUGCCUGGACAGCCAACGGCUGUCCAGGCAUGCUGGGACUUGUAGUUUUGCAACAUCUGGAGGGCCACAGUUUGGGGACCACCGGGAUAAAGAAUGAUAUAACAUUAUCCAAAGCAGCCAAUGACCACAAGAGGCACGAAAUGACUUUAGGGUACAUUCACACGUACGCAGAUUUGAUGCGCAGGAUUUUCUGCUGCAGAUUUCAAUGUAAACCAAAUGACUGAGCUCCGCUUCUAAUCUGCAGUUACAAA